GCUCUAAUACCCCGUUGCCCUAAUACCCGAUGGCUUCCUCCUACAGCAUCUCAUCCUCCCUCAAUCGAUCAAGCAAGAAAUCCACAGUGAAUGAUCCAAAAACUUGUGAUUGUGGGUUCCCUGCACGUAUUCUAACAUCAACAACACCAAAGAAUCCAGGGAGGCAUUUCAUGGUGUGCAAUGAGGGUAAAUGCAAAUAUUGGAAAUGGUUGGAUGUAGAACUUGUACAGAUGCCUCUGAUGGAAGUGGUGGAGGGAAUGAAAGCUGAAUUAGUAGCAUUGAAGACCGAAGUAGAGAAGGUGAAGGAAGACAUGGAACAGAUGAAGAAGGAAAAGUACUCUGAUGCCAUUGCAAUGAAGGAGAAAAUAUAUAAGUUUACCAUUGGAUUUCUUUUUCUGAUCAUCGUGUAUAUGAUGAAAUGAAGUCAC